UUGGCCCACCAUUUAUUUCACACCAAGAAACGAAGACCCAAUUCACUUCAAGAAAUACGAGAACAAGAAUACAUCUUUCCUAUCAAGAAAGCGCAGUUAAAGGAACUGAAUUUUAUCCCAUGAAAAAUGAAAGGUUUUGAGCUUCUUUCUUGCUGUUCUGUUCUGUUCUGUUUCUUUGCAGUUUCCUUUUCUGCUGAUUCUAUAGCUGUGAAUCAAACUAUCAAAGAUGGCCAAACUAUUGUUUCUGCAAGUGGAAGAUUUGAACUGGGUUUCUUUAGCCCAAGUGAUUCAACAAGUAGAUAUGUGGGAAUAUGGUACCCUUUCUCUAAUACUACUAUUGUUUGGUUAGCUAAUAGAGAAAUGCCACUUAAUGAUUCUUCAGGAGUUUUGCAACUUACAAGCAAAGGAAUUCUUGUUCUUCACAAUUCAUCAAACACUACCUUCUGGCUCACGAACAUAUCAACAGAAGCAAAGAGUCCUGUUGCUCAGCUUUUGGAUUCAGGAAAUCUUGUUGUUAGAGAAGCUGAUGAUACUAAUGAAGACAAUUAUUUAUGGCAGAGCUUCGAUUACUUAACUGAUACUUUUCUGCCAGGGCUCAAGUUUGGCAAGAACUUAGUAACAGGUCAUGAGAGAACUCUUGUUUCAUGGAAAAGUAAAAAUGAUCCUUCAAUAGGUGAUGCAACAAUUAGGCUCGAUCCUGAUGGAUAUCCCCAGAUAUAUAUCAGGGUUAGUGAGGUUAUAAUUUUUCGUUCUGGUCCUUGGAAUGGUCUUAGAUUUAGUGGUAUGCCAAAUUUGAAACCAAAUCCAAUUUAUACUUACGAGUUUGUUUACAAUGAUAAGGAAAUAUAUUACAGAUAUGAUCUUAUUAGUACUUCAGUUGUUUCUAUGAUGGUGAUAAAUGAUGAAGGUAUUUUCCGGCGGCUUACAUGGUCUAAUAGUACUCAAACAUGGAGCCUAUAUUUAACAGCGCAGAUGGAUAAUUGUGACAGGUACGGAAUCUGUGGUGCAUAUGGUAGUUGUAAUAUUAAUAAUUCGCCUGCUUGUGCUUGUUUGAAUGGAUUCGUACCAAGAAAUGAGCCGGCUUGGGAUUCUGGGGAUUGGACCGGAGGAUGUGUAAGGAAGAAUGAAUCAAUUUGUGGAGCAGGAGAAGGGUUUUAUAAGAUUUCAGGUGUGAAAUUGCCUGAUACAAGAAAUUCUUGGUACAAUAGGACAAUGGAUAUUAGAGAAUGUGAGAGAAUUUGCUUGAAGAAUUGCUCUUGUACUGCUUAUUCAACUUUGAAUAUCACAGAUGGAAGUGGCUGCUUGCUUUGGUUUGAGGAACUUAUUGAUAUUAGAGAGUAUAAUGAAAAUGGGCAAGAUUUUUUCAUUAGGUUGUCUGCUUCUGAUUUGGAGUCAAGUGGAAGUACUGCGAAGAAAACGCGAGUGUGGAUCAUCGUCGUCAGUGUAUUGGUUGUGUUGGCUGCUUUCCUAGUCUUCUGCCUGAUUUUGCAUUUCAGAAGGAAGAGGAUUAAGAGAAAAGUAAGCAUAGUUGUGAGGCAAGAAAGAGAUCUUACUGAUGAAAGCAGGGAAAAGGAUUUAGAGCUGCCAAUAUUUGACUUCUUAACAAUAGCAAAUGCCACAGACAUGUUCUCUGGUUACAAUAAACUUGGAGAAGGUGGAUUUGGACCUGUCUACAAGGGUACACUGAAAGAUGGACGAGAGAUAGCUGUAAAGAGGCUUUCGAAGGAUUCCACACAAGGACUUGAUGAAUUCAAGAAUGAAGUCAUCUUCAUUGCGAAACUUCAACAUCGAAACCUUGUGAAGCUUUUAGGCUGUUGCAUUGAGCAAGCAGAAACUAUGUUGAUUUAUGAAUACAUGCCCAACAAGAGCUUGGAUGCCUUCAUUUUUGAUCAAAAGAAGCGAAAAUUGUUGGAUUGGCCUAUGAGAUUUCACAUUAUCAACGGAAUUGCUCGUGGACUUCUUUAUCUUCAUCAAGAUUCUAGGCUGAGAAUUAUUCAUAGAGAUCUAAAAGCUAGCAAUAUACUGCUAGACAAUGAAAUGAAUCCUAAAAUUUCAGAUUUUGGCAUGGCUAAGGGUUUUGGGGGAAAUGAAAUUCAAGGGAAUACAAAAAGAGUAGUCGGAACAUAUGGUUACAUGUCUCCAGAGUAUGCAAUUGAUGGGCUAUUUUCAAUAAAAUCCGAUGUGUUUAGUUUUGGUGUCUUAGUGUUAGAGAUAAUAAGUGGGAAGAGAAAUAGAGGUUUCUUUCAUCCAGACCACAAUCACAACCUUCUCGGGCAUGCAUGGAGACUCUUUCUGGGCGAAAAGUCAUCGGAGUUAAUGGAUGAAUCAUUGAAACAUUCUAGCAUUUUAUCUGAAGUGUUGCGUGCCGUCCAGGUUGGUUUACUAUGUGUGCAACAGAGUCCAGAUGACAGGCCUACAAUGUCAACUGUUGUGUUGAUGUUAACCAGUGAUAUCUCAUUGCCGCAGCAGCCUAAAGAGCCUGGAUUUUUCACCGAAAGAAAAGUAUUUGAACAAGAUUCUUCAUCUAGCAAAGUUGAUACAUGUUCAGCAAAUGAAAUUACCAUUACAUUGUUAGAUGCUAGAUAGGGGACAGAUUCUGUUGAAUUUUUUAAUAAAAUUCAGUAACUAUACUAAUGACAAAUAUGGAAGAUGGGGGAAGAGGAAUGAAGAUAAAGCAUAUAAUAGUACAGAGAAUUUUCUCGGUAAAUAUUCUAGUUUCUCUCUUAGAUAAACCUGAAUCAUACACUAGAAAGGACAUCUGUUUUUCUGUGUCUUUUUGGUGUGUGUAUAUGGAGUUGGUGGAGAAAAUGAGCUAACUAGCCUUCAAUCUGAGUUUUAUUUAUUUAUUUUAAUUUUUCUUAA